ACUGGUGCGGAUGCAAAUCCCAAUUAAGUAUUAUUCAUCAAAGAGUAGACGAGAUUAGCGAGAAACAUAAUUAGAAAUCUAAUUUUAACAUUAUCUAUGCAAUGUCAUUUUCAGGCGAAGAGAUUUAUAAUAAACCCCCCUCUGACCCCUAAUUCGUGGGCAAAUCCAAUAUUUGAGGUUUAUGGGUUCCGGUAAUGGCACUUGAAUGCUUCACAUGGAUUACAGGACUGUUGGGUUCACUGUUUCUUACAAUAAGAGUUGAUGAUGGUGAAACUUUUGAAUGUUUGCCUGAUUGUCUUAUCAUUGAUAUUCUGAGUAGGCUGCCGGCACAUUCUUUUCUUAGAUGUCGAUGGGUUUGCAGGCGUUGGAGAGCUUUGGUCUCAUCACAUGACUAUUUUACCACCUUACAUGAUGAUCUUUCUAGAGCUAGUAGACCCAUGGUUCUCAUACAGGAUCAUUUUGCCAGGAACGGGCGGGAUCUUUAUGUUUUUGGUGAAAACAAGAAGAAGAAGAAGGCCGCCUUCAAGAAAUUUCAUCUCAGAUCUGAGCUUAUGAUUAAUAAGUACUGGGAACACCCCCUUCUUGUAUACUCUUGUCAAGGAGUUCUUCUGUUUGCUUCCUCAAGCUGGCAGUCUACUUAUUAUGUUUUCAAUCCGAUAACGCAAGAGGAAGUAACUAUACAACAUAGACUUCACCCCGGCUUCUUAUGUGCUCUGUACUUUUGUCCUUACACAAGACAAUUCAGAAUUCUAUACGUGCAAGUGCGAGGCAGUUUUUGUCAGUAUUUCGUAUAUAUUUUCCGGACACAAACGUGGAGGAAAAUCCGUUCGUCCUCCUCUUUCAACUUUUUGCCAUCCGGUGUCAAUUCGGCAGUUGUUAAUGGAGCAUUGCAUUGGGUCAUGCACCACGAUUUAGAAAGAAAAAAUACUCCUCCUUGUGAAAACGGAAUCAUGGUUUUUAGAAUGGAUAAGGAAGAAUUCUCCGCUAUGCCUCACCCUGGAAGUACCGUGUGCAACUCAAAGCAAGCGCAUCGAACUAUGACUCUUUUUCUGAAGGAUGAUUGUUUGUCUUUUUGUAACUUGCUUUUCCCUGAGUAUGCUGUCGAUAUAUGGAUUUUGGAAGACUAUGAGACGCGAGUGUGGAUCAAAAGGUACAAGGUUAAUCUCUCUGAUAGGAGAAUUUUCCCUUUUAGUUCGCGUUUCAUGGAAAUUCCAUCGCUUGUUGACAACAAAUCUGGGCGGAUAAAGCUUCUGAACAUCCAAGAAGGUGAACUUUUGUUUCUCGUGAGGAAUGAAGGGUUAUUUCUAUACAAUUUAGAUCAUAGAACUAUGAAGAGAAUUGAAUUGCCACGGCAGGAAAUGAAGUCAUAUUGUACUUGUAGGCCUUAUAUGAAGAGUUUCCUGGCAAUAGCCUAAAUACCUUCCAUGUUCUUAUUAUUAACCUUUCUAAUAUAUAUAUAUAUAUAUAUAUAUAUAUAUAUAUAUAUAUAUAUAUAUAUAUAUAUAUAUAUUUUUAAGUUAUCGAAUGGUGUUUUUAGUGUGUUGGCAACAUAACGAAACCAUUUAUGUAGUAACUAGUUAUAUUUGGGAGUAAGUGUUUCUUUAUUUCGUCGGUUUUAUGCCAUAAAAUAACUUGUACAUUGAAGAAGAAAGGAAACUAAUCAGUGGAAUACAAAGG